CCUCCUCCUCCUCCUCCUCGCCCUCCUAGAGCUGCCGCCGACUCCACGGGGCUGAGGAGCGGGGAGUCCGCGGCGCUGGCUUGGGGCUGCGGGAUGGGGAGUUAGCGCCACGGCGGCGGCAGUGGCCGCAGCGCAACCGGCCGCCGCCCCCGGGUCUGUCCCGCCGGGGGCGCGGGGCGCGGCCAGCCCGCCCCGGAGCCAGGCCCGCGGGCGGCGGCGACGGAGGAGCUGGGCAGGUGGAUGCGGCUGGAAGAUGGCGCCCUCGGGCCCGGGCAGCGUCAGGCGGCGGUGCCGGCGGGUGCUCUACUGGAUCCCGGUGGUGUUCAUCAGCCUUCUGCUCGGCUGGUCCUACUACGCCUACGCCAUCCAGCUGUGCAUAGUGUCCAUGGAAAACGUUGGGGAACAAGUUGUGUGCCUGAUUGCUUAUCAUCUACUUUUUGCAAUGUUUGUCUGGUCAUACUGGAAAACUAUCUUUACAUUACCAAUGAAUCCUUCAAAAGAAUUCCAUCUCUCUUAUGCAGAGAAAGAAUUGUUGGAGAGAGAGCCAAGAGGAGAAGCCCAUCAGGAAGUUCUUAGGCGAGCCGCCAAAGAUCUUCCCAUCUAUACCAGGACCAUGUCUGGAGCAAUCCGAUAUUGUGACAGAUGUCAACUCAUAAAACCAGACCGCUGCCAUCACUGUUCCGUCUGUGAUAAAUGUAUUUUGAAGAUGGACCAUCAUUGCCCGUGGGUGAACAAUUGUGUUGGAUUUUCAAAUUAUAAAUUUUUCCUCCUUUUCUUGGCUUAUUCUCUGCUCUACUGCCUUUUUAUUGCUGCUACGGACUUGCAGUAUUUUAUCAAAUUUUGGACAAAUGGCCUACCCGAUACUCAAGCCAAGUUCCAUAUUAUGUUUUUAUUCUUUGCUGCAGCUAUGUUUUCUGUCAGCUUGUCCUCUCUGUUUGGCUAUCAUUGUUGGCUAGUCAGCAAAAAUAAAUCUACAUUAGAGGCGUUUAGAAGUCCCGUAUUUCGACACGGAACAGAUAAGAAUGGAUUCAGCUUGGGUUUCAGUAAAAACAUGCGACAAGUUUUUGGUGAUGAAAAGAAGUACUGGUUGCUACCCAUUUUUUCAAGUCUAGGUGAUGGCUGCUCCUUUCCGACUUGCCUUGUUAAUCAGGAUCCUGAGCAAGCAUCUACUCCUGCGGGAUUGAAUUCGACAUCGAAAAAUUCAGAAAACCAUCCGUUUCCUGCAAAGCCAUUGCGAGAGUCCCAGAGCCACCUUCUCACUGAUUCUCAGUCUUGGACAGAGAGCAGCACAAACCCCGGAAAAGGCAAAGCUGGUAUGAGCAAUCCUGCAUUAACCAUGGAGAAUGAGACUUAACUCUUCAAACAAAAUAAAUUCAUACUUUAUGAAAGUUCCAGUGCUGUGUAAGUGGAAGGAAGAGGCUUCCCACAGGAAGGCACCAUUGGCCUGUUGCUCCCAUUUCCCUUUGGCUGGAUGUGCAGAAUAUGAAUUGGUUAGUUCUAAGCUGUUGCAUAAAAAACAUAACAUUUUUUAACCCAAUAUACAGAUUGUUUCAACUAACAUGAAUUCCUGUUAAAUAUUAGGAGUAAUUAAAGUUUAUGAAUCAAGGGCAGAAAUACCUUCUAUCAUAAAACCUUGGAAUAAAGUCAUGGGCUAAUUUUCACCCAAAUAUUUGGGUAGUGCAAUGUAUCCACAUAAAAAGCCCUUUAAUCAUCUGAUUUUCUGAUUCAGAAAAUUGAGCCUAUUAAGAUAUUGAAAGUUAAAAGAUUUCAAAUUACAGUAUAAUGACAGCUUUAUUAGUUACCUGGGAGGUGGAGGUAGCAUAUCAGACUUGUUCAUUCCCUUUCUUGUGACUCCAACCCCAGACUGAGUGAACUAUAAUGACUAUGAAUUCAUUAUAAAUUUUAAGUGGCCUACAGUUGAAAAUUACCACCAUUUUUGUCAGACUUUAGUCUAAUUCUAGCCUUUGUUCACUGCUGGAAAAGAAGUAUGAUCAUUGAAGCCUGAGCUCACUGAUAAGUAACUAGCUAGCAAAUUUUUAUCACAACUAAUACAUUACAAUUAUAUCCAAAAUAUUUUUCAUCUCUUCUGAUCUUCUUAAAUUGAGGGAAGAUCUAUAAAAACAAUUAUGAAGAUUGAUUUAUAAUGUUCUUUUUUUUUGCCAGUCUGGCUUUUUUUAAAGUCUCAGUUUUUUUUUUUAGGUUAUUUGUUCUCUUGAACAUAGCAAAAAUAAUGAAUUUGUUCACAAUUCUUAAUGGGCCAAUAGAUUAAUCCUCCAUUGGUAUCUGUAUUAUCUCUGUGUCCCGUCAUCAGAAGUAUGACAGUUAAACUUCAUAGUUCUUCAAAUACUUAAGGUUAAAUUAUGCAAAUCAUUAAAAGAAAUCAUGUACUUUUAGAAAUUUAGUUCAAUAUGAACUAAAUGGUGUGCUGUUUGGAAAUUGAAUUUAAGGUAAACUAAAGUGGUGUGUUUGUUGAUGCCAAAAUGUACGGCUUCAGUAAAUAUACUAGGAAGCUCUUGUGCCUUGUAUGCACUAUUUGAAAAAGUUUUUUUUUUUUUUUUUUUUGAGUGGAGUGUAAAUUUUGUAAAUGUUAGAGAUUAGAAUAAGCUUUAAACAUUUUUUGGUACUGAUUUUGAGAAUUUAAAGCAGAUUAUCUUUUACAACUUACACAGCUAAGGAACUGGUAUUUAAUCGAAAAGAAAAUGAUAUUAAACUUUUCAAAAUCUGAAUUAGACAAAAAUGCAACACAUGAUAGACUAGUAGACCAGAGGAUAAUGGAGUAAACAAGAUCCUUGCAAAUAUUCAUUCUUUCUAAAAAUGUAAAGUUUUAUAUUUAAAUGAGUUUGUGGAAGAAUCAAUGUCAGCCAAAUCCAUUUUAUAGAUCAUUUGAGUGUAAUUCUUUGAAUAAUAGGAUGGCACUCUUUUCAGAUUUUUUUUAUUUUUUUUUAAAGCUAAAGACAUUGAUCUGACAAUCUGUUUCAGGAACUCUUGGAAGAUAUGAUGCAUUUUUACUUUUUACUUUUAAAGCAUUUUUUGGUCAUCAUUUUUUUAUUACCUGAAGUGCCAUAUUGGAACCUAUAGCUACUGCUGGAAGUCUUAAGGGCGACAGCAUCACGUGAUGUAUUAAGAAUUAUAUGCAGCCAGGUUAUUUCAAAGCACAGUACUAUAGCCAUUUUGUGGACAGGAUUCUGUGACGUGUUCUUUCUCAUCAAAAAUAGAAGGAAAAAAAAGGGGGUGUUUUAUUCCUUACCUUGCUAGAGUACUGUUAAAUUUUUCCGUUAGGUCUUUUGUGUAAUUAUUGAAAUAUAUGAGUCAGUACACAUUAGAAUCAGACUCAAAACAAUUUUUUUUACAAAUAAGUUUUUUUCCAUUAAGUUGUAAUGGUUCCCUUUUUGUUUUCAUACAGUGGGUAAUCUUUCAAGUGUUUUUUUGUUUGUUUUUAAUCUAGGUGGUUAUCAUUUUUAGAGGUGAUGGCCUAUCUCACUAGAUAUGCAGUACGUAGUUUACCUGAGUGAAUAAAGCAUCAAAUAGACCUACAUUUUGUACAUAUUUAUAAAAUUACCUUAAAAACAUUUUAAACAUUUUGUUUUAAAAAUUUUAAUUGUUCAACUCAAACCCGAAGACACUUAUACUUCAGCUAUCCUGAGACUCCAUUUAGCUGAUAAUUUUAAUUUUUUCCUGUUUUAAAAAAUGCUACCAUAUAGGUAAAAUUUUUAAGAAUUUUUUUAAAUGUUGUACAAAUACUUCAUAUACUGUAGUUAACUAUUUGCCGCUGUGCAGUGAAAAGAGGGUUUGUAUUUUCAAAGAUAAACUUAUUGCAUCUAAAUACAAUGAUGGGACAUUUAAGGCAGUGCUUAUCCAUGAAUUCCCUCCUGUUCUACCAUAAUAAAGUCUGGUUGAUCACCUUUA